CUGGAGAGACAACCAAAAUGAAAACCUUGGUGAUUUUCGCUGCUCUCCUUGGAUCUCUGCUUGCUACUGAUAACAUCAAUGUUAAUAAUCAAGGUAACGAUGGAGGCAAUGUGCAUCAGACGGUGAAUAUAGACAACCAGGACCAAGUGGCCAACAUUCAUAAUCUAAAUGGCUGGAACUCCUGGGACUCCAUCUGUGACUACGGGAAAGGAGUAUUUGCAACACGACUGUAUGGAAAGAAGAUGUGCGUGGUGACAAAGAUCGAUAAGACUGUUUUCCCCAGCCUGGAAGUCCUUAAACAGAAUCCCGUCAAGACCACAAAACAGCUCUUCAAGUUUAACAUUAACCAAAUUCCCAUUGCUAACAUUGGCAUUUAUGGUGUCCAUAUUGAAGCCCUGUGUCAUGGAAUCCCAUCCUACACUGCUGAUGCAAACCAAGUGGAUGAGUUUUGUGAAGAAAAUUGCAACACCAACAGCAUUAUCACCAUUGGACGCAUCAGUUUCUGUUAUUAAUCCAGUAUGGCACGCCUCAUAGCAAAUCCAUAGCAUUUUCUGUUUGAAUCUUUCUUUUUCUAUA